AUGCUCCUCGACCCCGUCAAGCGCCGCCAGUUCGAUUCCGUCGACGAGGCUGCCGAGGUCGAGCCCCCCACCAAGAAGGAAGUCCAGAAGGGCAACUUCUACAAGCUCUGGGCUCCUGUUUUCCGCGCCGAAGGCCGUUUCUCCAAGAUCCAGCCUGUUCCCGAACUAGGUGACGACAACAGCACCUUUGAGGAGGUUGACGCUUUCUACAACUUCUGGUACAACUUUGACAGCUGGCGUACGUUCGAGUACCUUGACGAGGAUGUUCCCGAUGACAACGAGAACCGUGACCAGAAACGUCACGUUGAGAAGAAGAACGCCAACGCCCGCCGCAAGCGCAAGACCGAGGACACUGCCCGGCUCCGACACCUUGUCGACGACUGCGCCGCCAUGGAUGAGCGUAUCAAGAAGUUCCGCAAGGCCGCUCGUGCCGACAAGGACAAGAAGCGUCUUGAAAAGGAGGCCGAGGCCAAGCGACUGGUUGAGGAGAAGGAGAAGGCCCGUCUUGAGGAGGAACAGCGCAAGAAGGAUGCUGAGGAGGCUGCCAAGGCUGACCGUGAGAAGGCAAAGAAGGCCAAGGAGGCCGCUAAGAACGCCACUAAGAAGAACAAGCGUGUGCUCAAGGGCUCCGUCAAGGACGUCAACUACUUUGCCGAGAGUGGCGAGCCGUCUGCCGCCCAGGUCGACGCUGUGCUCACCGAUGUCGACAACGUCAUCAGCAAGAUCGACGCCGAGGAGCUCGCUUCUCUGGCCGAGCGUCUUACUAUUGCUGGCAAGGACGGUGCUGCUGUCAAGAACGUGUACACAGAGGAGUUCAAGAGGCUGGUUGGAGCCGGCAAAGCCAAGGAUGGCGAGGCCAAGUUCUUCGCUUAG